ACAGAGACACACAGAGACAGAGAGAGACACAGAGACGCACAGAAACACACAGAGACAGAGAGAGAGACACAGAGACACACAGAGACAGAGAGACACACAGAGACACAGAGACACAGAGAGACACAGAGAGAGAGACACAGAGACACAAAAACACACAGAGACAGAGAGAGAGACACAGAGACACAGAGAGAGACAGAGAGACACAGAUAGACAGAGAGAGAGAGACGUCACAAUUGCGAGUGUUUAACAGCGCUACCUGAAGAUCCGAGUCGUCGUUUGGAUUCACGAACGGGAUACCGACAUCAGCGCAAGAUGCUGCUGCUCUCCGCAAUCACAUUCACAGUCAUAGCCGGCGGGUGGCGUCUCCACGUGUCCCCACACGCCACGACCUGGCGGAGGGCUCGCGACUACUGCCGGGAGGCCGGCGCUGACCUGGCGGUCGUCACCGGCGCCGGGGUCAACGCGAGACUCGCGUCCGCACUGGCGGCGGAGAGCGACGGCAAGUUCUGGAUCGGACUGCGGAAGGUGGGCGGCCUGCAGUGGAGAUGGAUCGACAAUUCCUCCGCCGACGGAUUCCUGAACUGGGCCCCGUCCGAACCGAACAACCUCGCCAGAGAAGACUGCGUCGAGAUGUACGUGGUGAGGGGAGGGGCCGGCCACGUGACGGAGGACGACCACGUGACGAGGGAAGGGGCCGGUCACGUGACGGGGGACGACCACGUGACGAGGGAAGGGGCCGACCACGUGGCAGUGCGCCACGCGAGGCACGGCCGCUGGAACGACGAACACUGCGGCAAGAAGAAGCGAGCGCUCUGCGUGAUAGGACCAGCCGACACAACAGCUGAACCUACAACAGCUGACCCUACAACAGCUGAACCUACAACAGCCAAACCUACAACAGCUGAACCUACAACAGCUGAACCUACAACAGCCGAACCUACAACAGCUGAACCUACAACAGCUGAACCUACAACAGCUGAACCUACAACAGCCAAACCUACAACAGCUGAACCUACAACAGCUGAACCUACAACAGCCGAACCUACAACAGCUGAACCUACAACACCUGAACCUACAACAGUCAAUCCUACAACAGUCAAUCCUACAACAGUCAAUCCCACAACAGCUGAACCUACAACAGCUGAACCUACAACAGCUGAUCCUACAACAGCUGAACCUACAACAGCUGAACCUACAACAGCCAAACCUACAACAGCUGAUCCUACAACAGCUGAUCCUACAACAGCUGAACCUACAACAGCUGAUCCUACAACAGUCAAUCCUACAACAGCUGAUCCUACAACAGCUGAACCUACAACAGCCAAUCCUACAACAGUCAAUCCUACAACAGCUGAUCCUACAACAGCUGAACCUACAACAGCCAAUCCUACAACAGUCAAUCCUACAACAGCUGAUCCUACAACAGCUGAACCUACAACAUCCGAAGAACCUACAGCAGCCGAUCCUACCACAGCUGAUCUGGAUGUGUCUAUGGCAGGGCGCAGGAGGGCGGGGGAGAGGGCAGCAGCUGCCGGGGCAGCCGCUGUGCUCGCCACGCUGGGGGGGGGGGCAGCGGGGCUGGCGGUGGCGCUGUGGAGGAGGAGGAAAGGUGCCUGUGACUUGGAGAGGCGUCGGACCAGUGACCUGCCACACCACGAGACGUUCACGGAGCGAGGGGAGUGGAAGUCGUCACCACAGGAGGCUGCGGACUUUGUGUAGACGGAGACUCGCGGAGCCCAGAGAGAUCUCACCGCGAGACGUCGCAGUAGAAGUCGUGAGUCUGACCACGGCUGGAACUUGUAGCGAGUUCACACUGGGACCGAGCCCCACGUGACCCUCCUGGAAUCUCACAGCCUUAGGGGUCGCAGGUUCGACUCCCAUACAGAGACCUCGUCCCAUACAGAGGCCUCGUCCCAUACAGAGACCUCGUCCCAUACAGAACCCUCGUCCCAUACAGAACCCUCGUCCCAUACAGAACCCUCGUCCCAUACAGAACCCUCGUCCCAUACAGAACCCUCGUCCCAUACAGAACCCUCAUCCCAUACAGAACCCUCAUCCCAUACAGAACCCUCGUCCCACACAGAAGCCUCGUCCCAUACAGAACCCUCGUCCCAUACAGAACCCUCGUCCCAUACAGAACCCUCGUCCCAUACAGAACCCUCGUCCCAUACAGAACCCUCGUCCCAUACAGAACCCUCGUCCCAUACAGAGCCCUCAUCCCAUAUAGAACCCUCGUCCCAUAUAGAACCCUCGUCCCAUACAGAACCCUCGUCCCAUACAGAUGCCUCGUCCCAUACAGAACCCUCGUCCCAUACAGAACCCUCGUCCCAUACAGAACCCUCGUCCCAUACAGAACCCUCGUCCCAUACAGAGCCCUCAUCCCAUAUAGAACCCUCAUCCCAUAUAGAACCCUCGUCCCAUACAGAACCCUCGUCCCAUACAGAUGCCUCGUCCCAUACAGAUGCCUCGUCCCAUACAGAACCCUCGUCCCAUACAGAACCCUCGUCCCAUACAGAACCCUCGUCCCAUACAGAACCCUCGUCCCAUACAGAACCCUCGUCCCAUACAGAACCCUCGUCCCAUACAGAACCCUCGUCCCAUACAGAACCCUCGUCCCAUACAGAACCCUCGUCCCAUACAGAACCCUCGUCCCAUACAGAGGCCUCGUCCCAUACAGAGCCCUCGUCCCAUACAGAACCCUCGUCCCAUACAGAACCCUCGUCCCAUACAGAAGCCUCAUUUGAAAACUUGAACCGUUAUUAAAUCGUAAUAAUAAUGAAAUAGUAAUGUUGUAACAGAUAACUACUUGAAUAAUAUUUAAGGUAUUACAAUUCAUUGUAUAUUUAUUUAUCCUGUGAUGCGUAAAGGCGGUGGUGAUGGUGGAGGUGGUGGUGGUAGUGGUGGUGUAGGUGGUGGUGGUGGUAGUUGUGGUGUAGGUAGUAGUGGUGGUGGUAGUUGUGGUGUAGGUGGUGGUAGUAGUGGGGGUGGUGGUAGUUGUGGUGUAGGUGGUAGUGGUGGUUGUGGUGUAGGUGGUGGUGGUAGUUGUGGUGUAGGUGGUGGUGAUGGUGUAGGUGGUGGUGGUAGUUGUGGUGUAGGUGGUGGUGGUAGUGGUGGUGUAGGUGGUGGUGGUGGUAGUUGUGGUGUAGGUAGUAGUGGUGGUGGUAGUUGUGGUGUAGGUGGUGGUAGUAGUGGUGUAGGGGGUGGUGGUAGUUGUGGUGUAGGUGGUAGUGGUGGUUGUGGUGUAGGUGGUGGUGGUAGUUGUGGUGUAGGUGGUGGUGAUGGUGUAGGUGGUGGUGGUAGUUGUGGUGUAGGUGGUAGUGGUGGUGGUAGUGGUGGUGUAGGUGGUGGUAGUAGUGGUGUAGGCGGUGGUGGUGUAGGUAGUGGUGGUGGUGGUGUAGGUGGUGGUGGUGGUAGUUGUGGUGUAGGUGGUAGUGGUGGUGGUAGUUGUGGUGGUGGUGGUGGUAGUUGUGGUGUAAGUGGGAGUGAGAUCACCAACUCUGCUCUAUUGCUAAAUCGUCACUCUGUUGUCAGGACCGGCAUUACGUUGUGAUCAUCGUGACUUAAGUUAUUGGAGUCGUAUUUAAUCGUAAAUUAUGAUGUUGUAAAUCUCGAAUGUGUCUUGGCCUGGUAGGAUGGGGAUGGUUGAGUGUUGUAUCGAUUUUGUGUCUGGGUGAUUUGUUUACCUUGAUUGUACUUUCUGUGAGUCAAGAGCUUUAAAGCCCAUCGGAUUCCUCCUGCAGAAUAAAUAAAUAUUCUGAUUCUGACUGAU